AAAGUAUAAACUGACUAGUACUAGUUAUCUUUCUGCACACUUAAUUUUUUUUAAUUUAAAUUUACACAUUUAAUAAUUGAAGGGUGCUUGUGUUGAAUUUCUCUGUGGUGAAAUUUUAUUUUUAAAAUACAUACAAAUUACAGCAUAAAAAUGUGCGACGAAGAAGUAGCUGCUUUGGUUGUAGAUAAUGGAUCCGGAAUGUGCAAAGCUGGAUUUGCUGGAGAUGAUGCACCUAGAGCGGUAUUUCCGUCGAUUGUCGGUAGACCUCGUUACCAGGGUAUAAUGGUCGGUAUGGGUCAAAAAGACAGCUAUGUUGGUGACGAAGCACAGUCUAAAAGGGGAGUGCUCACUGUUAAAUAUCCUAUCGAACACGGUAUUGUAACUAACUGGGAUGAUAUGGAAAAAGUAUGGCAUCAUACGUUUUACAACGAAUUGCGUGUAGCUCCUGAAGAACACCCAGUACUGCUCACUGAAGCACCUUUGAACCCAAAAGCAAAUCGUGAAAAAAUGACUCAAAUUAUGUUUGAAACAUUUAAUACGCCAGCAAUGUACGUUGCCAUUCAAGCUGUUCUCUCUCUAUACGCUUCUGGCCGAACUACCGGUAUAGUGUUGGAUUCGGGUGAUGGUGUAUCGCACACAGUACCAAUUUACGAAGGAUAUGCUCUUCCACACGCAAUUCUUCGUUUAGAUUUGGCUGGUCGUGAUUUAACAGACUAUCUUAUGAAAAUUCUUACUGAACGUGGGUAUAGUUUUACAACUACAGCAGAACGAGAAAUUGUGAGAGACAUUAAAGAAAAACUUUGCUAUGUAGCACUUGACUUUGAACAAGAGAUGCAAACAGCUGCUUCAUCAAGUGCAUUAGAAAAAUCUUAUGAACUUCCCGAUGGCCAAGUGAUAACAAUAGGAAAUGAAAGAUUCCGUUGUCCGGAGUCAUUAUUCCAACCAUCAUUUUUAGGAAUGGAAUCUGCGGGUAUCCAUGAAACCACAUACAACUCUAUUAUGAAAUGUGAUGUAGAUAUUAGAAAAGAUUUAUACGCCAACACAGUGCUCUCUGGUGGGACUACUAUGUACCCAGGUGUAGCUGACAGAAUGCAAAAGGAAAUAACAUCUCUUGCGCCAUCAACAAUGAAAAUAAAAACAAUUGCACCUCCUGAACGCAAAUACUCUGUAUGGAUUGGAGGAUCUAUUUUAGCAUCAUUGUCAACUUUCCAACAAAUGUGGAUAUCAAAAACUGAAUACGACGAAAGCGGUCCAUCAAUUGUGCAUAGAAAAUGCUUUUAAAAGUUUAUAAGCUGACCUAAAAUAAUACUUUAAUUACUUAUGAAAAAUAUCCAUACAUAUUUUUUUAAUUUAUUAAAUUAUUUAUAAAUUCAAACAGUACCACAAAUAAAUAUUAAGAAAAAUACUAACAUAA